GCUUUUCAGCUGAGAAUUUCAGUUUUAUUUCUCUCUUCUGCUGUCAGCGAUGGCGUCUUCUGAUCUGAGACAGGAGCUGGACUGUUCCAUCUGUGUGACCACAUAUACAGAUCCUGUAAACCUGAGAUGUGGACACAGCUACUGCCGGGUCUGUAUUGAUCGUGUGUUGGAUACACAGGAGGGGUCUGGAGGUUAUUCCUGUCCUGAGUGCAGAGAAGAGUUCCGGGAUCGGCCUGUACUGCACAGGAACAUAACACUACGUAACAUACUGGAGACUUUCCGAUCUACUCAGCCAGAUAAGAAGGAGACUGGAAUCUUCUGUACACAAUGUAUUCACUCUCCUGUACCGGCUGUUAAAUCCUGUCUAAUGUGUGAAGCUUCUCUAUGUAAUGAUCACCUGAGAGUCCACAGCAAGUCACUAGAACAUGUCCUAACUGAUCCCACCACUUCCAUGGAGAACAGAAAAUGCUCCAUCCAUAGAGAACUUCUUAAAUAUUACUGCACUGAGGACUCUGCUUGCAUCUGUGUGUCCUGCAGUUUGGCUGAAGAACACUGGGGACACAAGGUGGAGACUCUGGAUGAGGCCUCUGAGAAUAAAAAACUGAAACUGAGAACUGUUCUGCAGAAACUGAUUGCUAAUAGAAAGGAGAUUGAGCAAAGAAUCCGGAGUCUGCAGGAACAUAAGGGAAGAGUACAAGAAAGAGCAGCUGGUGAACGAGAAAGAGUCACUGCCCUGUUCAUAGAGCUCAGGAGACAUCUGGAGGACCUGGAGAAUAGAGAGAGACAUAAUAGACUCCUCCAUGAUGGAGGGGAUCUGGAUGUGUCUGGAAUCUCACACACAUUACACACAGGGUUAUCUGAUAUGAUAAAAGAGGUAAAUGUAUUCUUCUAUAUACAGGAACCUUCAGACAUAUUAUUGGAUGUGAACACAGCUGGUAAUAAUCUACAGAUAUCAGAUGACAUGAAAACUGUAUCCAGGUCAGAUAUAGAGCAGAAUCGUCCAGAAACACCGGAGAGAUUUCAGAAUUAUAAUAAUGUAUUAAGCAGCAUUAGAUUUUCCUCGGGGCGACAUUACUGGGAAGUGGAUGUCAGUAAAUCAGAGUGGUGGGUGGUCGGGAUGUGUUAUCCCAGUAUAGAGAGGAGAGGAAAGGAGUCAGUUAUUGGAUAUAAUAAGAAGUCCUGGUGUUUGUGCAAAUAUAAUAAUCAGUAUUUCAUAAUACAUGACAGUAAAGUAAUCACAAUAUCUCCCGAUCUCUCCAGUAACAGAGUCAGGAUCUAUGUGGAUUAUGAGGCCGGGCAGAUCUUCUUUUAUGAUCUGUGUGACCCGAUCAGACACCUCCACACCUUCACCACCACCUUCACUGAGCCCCUCCAUGCUGGGUUAUGUGUGAGGAAAGGUCAUGUGACUAUAUCUCGGGAAGGGGGGCUGUGAGGAAUUAUAAUACAGCAGGAAAUCUGCCCAGAAUCUGCUGAUAAUACAGAAAUCUGAAUCUCGUUCCCAACACCAAAUUCUUGGCACUAACAGAUCUCAGCAUUGGGGAGUGUAUGGUGAUCACUUCCAGUGCUCAGUAAUAUGAAUGGGAGUUUUCUGGGGGCUUAUUUUUUUUUAGGGGUUAGAAGAAGGAAAUAAAGAUAAAGGGUUAAGUGUUAACUAUUUGAUUAAAGUGUUAAAAUGUAUCCAAAUCCAAACACAAAAAUCUCAUACAGUGUAGUUUAUCAGUCCUUUCAUGUGGUAUCUGCAUUUGUUUUCCUUUUCAUGAUUUGAUUUUCACCUGGUAAUCUUGCCAGUAACACACUCCCUGUCCUACAGUGACAACUCUCACUCUCUGCACUCUAAGAAGUGUUAGGACUACUUAAGGCCUUCAAGUCCUAAAACAUGGGGGAGUUGUUCUGUAGUUUACAGGUGAACAGAGGCACUCCUGGUAUUGAUCACAGCAUAUGAGACAAUGUGAAAGGAGAGUGUCCUCCCCAUGGGGUGCUGACCACCAGCAGAUACAAAUGUAACGACCACUGACCACACUUCCCAAUGAUGUGUGUUAUGGAUUGUUUUAGCUCUGUCAUAUUUCCUGUAUACUUUUAUACCGGUUCUGUAACAUUCCUAUCAUGUCUGUCAGAGAGGAUGAACACCUGAGGGGGGAGGGGGUGCUACAUAGGAAGCAAGCUGAUAGUAGACGUGUGCAAUUUUGUUUUUCAACAAAUUUCAAACAAAUUACAAAAAAUCCGAAUUAACAAAAACCUGUUUAA